AACAAAUCUACUUAUAUUGGUAACUGAUCGUAAACAAUACAUCUGGGGUACUCUACGUCUAAGAAGAAGGUAUUUACCUUCGCAACACGCAUAAGCACCACAUUCAAAGAAAAUUAGACGUCUAAGAGGAAAGAAGCAGUACACUGGUUGAGAAAAUCUUACAGAGAAACAAGAGUCUCGUUAAUGUCCGAAUGGAAGACGGACCCACUCCUCUCCAUAUUGCAGCGAUAAACGAUCACACAGAAACAGCACAGAUACUUAUAAAACAGGGAGCAGAUGUGAAUGUCAAGGACAAGAAAAAAGAAUCAAGUCCCUUGCAUCUCGCUUGCUCUCAUGCCUAUUUGGGUGCAGCUAAAAUCCUCGUGGACGCAGGAGCCGAUGUUAACAUGGGCGAUGUUGACAAGAACACACCUCUGCAUGUGGUGAUGAGGUCGUCUGAAGUAAAAGUUGACUUGGAUGAAGGUUUAAUGGGAGAUUUACUGAAGGAUCUGGUGAAAAAAACUGCUGGCAGUACUCAGAGUCGUGUUAAACUAGCCACCUUCCUGUUGGAACACGGAGCAGACAUCAAUGCCAGAAACAAAGACGACAAAACGCCAAUCGAUAUUUGUACAGUCAAGACGUUGAAAAAAGCCGUUGUAAAUUUUAAGAAAGAAAGCAGUAAACCUGCCCCUGCGUUCAUGAACACUCUGCUGUGUUCCAAGUGUUUCACACGCACCGCUGAGAUCACGCUGUUGCCAUGCAACCACAAGAUGACGUGCAGAGACUGUCAUACGAGGAUAUCUACUUGUCCACUUUGUGGCAGCGAGGUCAUAAAAGCUGUUGAUUCAGAUGCCGUGGAGAUUGCGGAAAUGCCAUCCCUCGACUUAGACUGAGAAAUAGCUGCAUCGCGCAAGAAAACCCUACCUAACCUCUUUAGGUUAGGAUAAAAGGGAAGAACAAAAAAUGUUACAUUGUGUGUUUUAACAGAACUUUAAAUAAGACGUUCUUAUCUUUUGACUGUUUUUGAAAUACUGUUUAAAAUUAAUUUGUUGAUGAUAGAAGAUUUUUAAAACGUAUUAAUGUAGAUUCAUCAUUUUGUUGUUGACGUACAUUGUGUUAUUAGUCCUUCUAUAAGUAAAAUACACAAUUGAAGGCACGCAAUAACUAGUUGAAGGCACGCAAUACGAACAAACAUAAAUGUGCAUCAAAGUUGCAAGUCUCAUAUAUUUUGUUAUUUUUGUUAUAUUUAUUUGUGAUAAAUAACUACAGAUAAAUAGAUUCCUCCACAUGUAAUCAUUGCAUAAAUUGUAAUGUGCGGUGACGUUUUUUAAAUAGUGGGUUUUCCAUGAUGUUUUGAUUAAAAGUGUAAAGUUCAUAAAAAUAAUCUUCAUCGUGUACUCUUUUUUUUUUUUUUUUUUUUAAUUGUGAAUGUGGAGAUGCGAUCCAAACUGAAACAAAGACGUCACAUGUCAAGUCGUCAGUCAGUGUUAUUAUAUUUUACCAAUAAUAUACAUUUAUAAAUAGUAACAAAUCAAAACCCUGGGUUGUGAGUUUUAUGAUCAUGUAAUUCCAGUUACACUCUUUACGUUUGUCAACAAAUAUUAACACAUAUUAUCCAUUUGAAAAAACACAAACUUGUUUUAAAAUAUACAUAGGUAAACGUAAACUCAUAAAAAACUUAAAAUUAUCAUUGUAGGAAUGAGGUUUUAGAAAUAAAACAAUUCACUGUGUUUUAGGCCGGUACAUAAUACUAUAUAAUGUAAAUUGCUCAACUCGAUAUUCAUGUUGCAUAAAUACUGGUUUUCCCCAUGAUAUUUUUAUAAAAAAUAUAAAGUUGUUUUUGUUUUUUUAAAACCCAGUCAUUAGUAAUAACUUGUAAGUAUGGAGUCGCGAUCCAAACAUGAACUCGUCCGUCACUGUUAUUAGAUUUUCCAAUAAUAUAAAUUUAUGAAUAGUAAUAAAUGAAAUCAUUGGUUUGUGCGUUUUAUUUGACAACAAAAAUAAAUACACAUUAUUAACUGUAUGAACCUUUAUGACUAUCACUUUUAGAAAAUUGUGUUAAAAUGUAUAUUGAUGGAGGUAAACUCUUAAAGGCUUUAUAAAUUGUCUACAAAUUACCAUUGUAGGAAUGAAGUGUUAAAAAUAAACAAUUCAUUGGGUUUGUUUUGUUUUUUUGUUUUUUUUAAUUUAUUUUAAAUUUUAAAGUCAUGGUUGGGGUGCCUUGCCUCAAUGCCUUACAGAAUUUAUAUGCAUAGAAAAUAUUCAAAUAUAUUCAAUAUAUGCACACAUUUAAAUAGAUAUAUAAAAUCUACAUAGUUUGUUUAAUUGUACAGUUUUGAAGAUAAUAUGUACAUUCAUUUUUUUUAUAAACUAAAUCAUGGAUAUUGAAAUGGACUCAAUAUACACCCGUAAGCUAUUUGUUGUGUUUAUUUGUUCCCAGGACGGGCUAGUACAGAGAAAACAAGGUUGGAAAAAAACCCCAACAAUGUGGUUGUAGUAUUACAAAGGUGGACAAUGAUGAGAAAAACAAAGGAAAUAAAAAAGAGAGAGAGAAAAAAGAGAACAUAUUAGUUAGUUUGAAAUAUCGUGAUUGUAACACUAUCAUAAUUGAGAUGGAGUAAUGAGAUUUAAUAAUAGAGAUAAAAAAAGAAGAAUAUUUUUUGUAAAGUUGAAACUGUGUAGACAUUUAUAUACUGUAGAUAAAAUCAAAGUUGUUUCUAUUAUUUUUUAAUCGAAAAGAUUAAGCCACUUGGACCAUUUGAUGUUUUAUUUAUCAUAUCCACAGUUUUUAUAAUAGAUAUAUUUUUCGAUAUGAAAUUUCUUUUGUAGAAUCACUUUUAUAGUACCAAUACAUAUUAA